AUUUCGUUUAGGGCUCCUUUUAAAGUCAAAUAUCUUCUUCUUCUUCGGGAUUGAUCUGAUAACUUUGUUGAUUCUGCAAGAAGUAGCUAAGAUUACAAUGGCUUGGCGCAGUGCAGGAUCUGCUGCUCGCUCUUUCGUUUCCGCCGCCGCUAGAGCUCCGUCCCUCCGACCUCCGCCAGCAACGCUUCCGCGCCUCCGUCCUUCCCAGUCCUCUUUGCCUCGCCGCCGAUUCACAAAUCCAAGGAACUUGGGAGAGCUUGGAUGCACACAGUCUCUCUUGCCUUUGCACAACGUGGUGGCUUCAGCUCGACUCAUCUCUCACCUUAAUCUCAACGUGCGAGCUUUCUGCGAACUCCCUAACGGUACCUUCCAACGCACUUGUCAAGAUCGCUAAUUACUCUCCUUUUGUACUUAAAUGCACGAAGUGUGUUGCAUCAGUCAUCUUGAAGCAGAUGGAGAGUUUUAAAAGGGGUGCCCCAAGAAGAACACAUUGGUCGUGUUGUGUUUCGUUAGGAACCAGAAAACUUAAUACAUUAUUUUGUCUCACACACUUUUGACAACAACAUUGUUGUUUUUUAAACUUCAAGUUUCUCAGUAUAAUUUUGAAUAACCUUUGUUUCAUCUUGUAUGUUACUAGCUUUGUUUGGUUAGCAUUUACUGAAUGGAGGUAAAAU